AUGGUCCACCUCCCGCUCAGCUUACAGGUCCUCACCUUCCUGGGCCUCACCCUCCCUCUGGCGGGAACCGUCUACGUGGCCGCCACCGGGCGGGGGUCGGACCGCCAGGCGUCACCGGUACCCGAGGAGCCUCUGGCCACUUACGGGAGCCUGCCUCUGAGAGCACCGGUGGGGAGCGGGCCAGGAAGCAGAGUCCAGCCGAUGGGCUGUCUGCCCGUCUCACCGUCAGGAACCCCAAGCGGAGGAAAAAGUUAUCUAGCUGCUGUGGACCGAGUUCUGAAGUGCUUUUCCUGGCAGAAGAAUGUGCCGGCCCUCUGGACCACAAAGACGCCGGGAAGCACGUGCUCUGCCUUGAAUGGCCUUCGAGUGUUGAGCCUCCUCUGGAUCGUGUCUGGGCACACGAGUCAGAUGACUGCGUGGAUGUCUCUGGAUAAUGUGCUUGAAUGGAAAGCCAGGGUGCUUAGAAACCCACUGUACCUUUAUUCUCGGAGUGGCCCCUUCUAUCUCGGAGUGGACACGUUUUUCCUGAUCAGUGGCUGGCUAAGUGCAAGAUCAUUUUUAAAGAUGUGCCAGGAUUCAGACAAAGGAAUAACCCCUAGCGUCAUACUCAGAUACUUUUUCAGUCGCCUUAUAAGGCUGCAGCCUCUUCACCUGUUCUCGCUCUCCUUGCUGGUUGCACUGUUCUCCCUUGUGCCCUGGGGGCCCGUCUGGGAGGUGCCCGAGCUCCACCUGGAGAAAUGCCGGCGGGCCUGGUGGACGAACUUGCUGCUGCUAAAUAACUUGCUGUCGGUCCAGGAUGCGUGCAGCGGCUGGACGUGGUACCUUGCCAAUGACUUUCAAUUCCAUCUCACAACCCCGGUGAUCGUCUUCAUCCACGGAAAAAGUCAGCGUGCCCUCGUCCUGCUCGGGGCCACGCUGCUCCUGGCGUCGUGCGCCGCCUCCGCUCUGCUCACGCUGGCUCACAACCUUCCGGUGGCAGCUCCGUCAGAAGCCAGUGAAGAGGCAGCCAGACUGUAUUUCCUGGAGUAUUACACAAAGCCCUACUGUCGAUACGGGCCUUUCCUCGUGGGCCUCUUACUGAGCAUUUUCAUGCACCAUCACCAGGCAGACAUUCUGAGAACCAAGGGGCAGGCUCUGCUGGGCUGGGGGUGCUCCCUGUCGACCCUCCUGUUAGUGGUCGCCCUGGCCUACACGGUGGAUGACGUCUCCCCCACCUCCUCCGUCGCCGCUGCUGUCUACCAAGGCCUCCACCGGACCGUGUGGGCGGCGGCCGUGGGCUGGGUCCUGUUCGCGUGUCAGGAAGGCUAUGGAGGUAGGAUGCAGCGUUGGGCUUGCGCGGGGCUCACACGCUGGUCUGUUAAGGGUGACAAUGUGAGAACACGUGUACAUGGACUAGUAUUGACCGAUGAAUGACAGACAGAGACUCAAAAACACCCUUUGUCUACAUAUUUGGGGAAAC